AUGAAUUUCUGUUCUUCUGCACGACGACCCUGGGUGGCGUUCCCAGCAGCAUGCCGACUUUUCCUGUGUCGCCAAAACUAUCGAUCAUUCAAUCACGCGUCAAAAGACCGAGGGUACAAUGGCUUGCGCAUCCUUUUCUGUGGCGCAGACAAGUUCAGCAUAGACUCCCUGCGCGCGGUGCAAGAUCUCAGGGUAUCGAAGCCUGAUAAAAUUGCAUCGAUCGAUGUCGUCUGUAGGCCUGACAAGCGUGUCGGUCGUGGUCUAAAGCAGAUUCAAGAAGUGCCGAUCAAGGGAGUCGCCCGAGAACUUGAUCUGCCGAUUCAUCAUCUCGAUACCUUCACUGGUUGGAAACCGCCGUCACCCUUUGAUUUGGUAAUUGCAGUAUCCUUCGGCUUGUUGGUGCCGGCACGUAUCCUCAAUGGCACCACAUACGGUGGCCUCAAUGUUCAUCCGUCAAUGCUGCCUGACUUGCGUGGAGCAGCGCCGAUUCAACAUGCCAUACUUGAUGGUCGACGCUAUACCGGAGUGACCGUGCAAACGAUGCAUCCCGAGGAAUUUGACCACGGCAUGAUUCUCGAUCAGACGCCUUCACCUGGUAUCGAAAUAGGUGAGGAAUGCACCACAGAAGAUCUCGCGACUCAGCUAGGCCCUCUAGGUGCGGCAAUGUUGCGAGAAACAAUAGAUCAAGGCCUGUUCAUUUCUCCAGAAGCUUUCACACGCAAAAGUGAAGUUGAGUCCCCUUCGCUUAAACACGCGCCAAAGAUCACACCUGAAGACGGUCGCAUCGAUUGGGACACUUGGCCAUCUGAUAGAAUCCUGCGCGCCGGUCGUGCUCUUGGUCGCUUGUGGGAUACUUCUACAGUACUGUGCUGCAACGCCGCUGCAGAAGAGUGUCGAGUCACCUUUGAGGGGAAAUGGAAAUUGGUCGAUGCUGGCAAAGUCGGCGAUAUGUCUUCCAUGCGACCUGGUAGCCCUGGCCCCAUCUUCUCACAGCAGACCCGGCAGGUCGAAAUCGCUUUCCGCACUAUUGACGGUCGAUUUGUGUCUCCGGGAUCUGUCACUGUUGCAGGACACGGCAAGGGCAAAGGUGUGGCAUUUUUGCUGCGUCUCUUGACAUAUGAAGUUUCAAAGUUGCCGUGA